CUGUACGUGGCCGCCUGCACCCAGGACCUGUGCCGCUGCCCUGCCUGCCCCUGCGCCACCUUUGCCGAGUACUCCCGCCAGUGCGCCCAUGCCGGGGGGCAGCCGCAGAACUGGAGGGGCCCCGACCUCUGCCCCCAGACGUGCCCCCUGAACAUGCAGCACCAGGAGUGCGGCUCGCCCUGCAUGGACACCUGCUCCAACCCCGAGCACUCCCAGCAUUGCGAGGACCACUGCGUCGACGGCUGCUUCUGCCCCCCAGGCACCGUGCUGGAUGAUGUCACCCACACAGGCUGCCUGCCCCUGCAGCAGUGCCCCUGCACCCACAGCGGCCACACCUAUGCCCCGGGGGACUCCUACACCACCAGCUGCAGCUCCUGCACCUGCUCCGGGGGACUAUGGCAGUGCCAGAAACUCCCGUGCCCGGGCACCUGCUCUGUCCAGGGCGGGUCGCACAUCUCCACCUACGACGAGAAACUCUAUGACACAGGGGACUGCAGCUACGUCCUGACCAAGAAAUGUGCGGACAACACCCUCACGGUGCUGGCUGAGCUGCGGAGAUGUGGCCUGACCGACAAUGAGAACUGCCUCAAAACGGUGACGCUGAGCAUGCACGGAGGGGACACGGCCAUCCGGAUCCAGGCCAACGGUGCUGUGUUCAUGAACUCCAUCUACACCCAGCUGCCUGUGUCAGCGGCCAACAUUACCAUCUUCAGACCCUCGUCCUUCUUCAUCCUGGUGCAGACGGGCCUCGGGCUGCAGGCGCAGGUGCAGCUGGUGCCCCUCAUGCAGGUGUUCCUCAGGCUGGACCCUUCCUACCACGGCCAAAUGUGCGGCCUGUGUGGGAACUUCAACCAGAACCAGGCGGACGACUUCCGGACCAUCAGCGGCGUGGUGGAGGGCACAGCCGCCGCCUUCGCCAACACCUGGAAGACCCAGGCCGCCUGCCGCAACGUCAAGAACAGCUUCGAGGACCCCUGCUCCCUCAGCGUGGACAACGAGAACUAUGCCCGGCACUGGUGCUCCCUGCUGACCAGCCCUGCCGGGGCCUUCUCACCCUGCCACGCCAUCGUCAACCCUGCGCCCUUCCACUCGAACUGCAUGUUCGACACGUGCAACUGUGAGAAGAGUGAGGACUGCAUGUGCGCCGCCCUUUCCUCCUACGUGCGGGCCUGCGCCGCCAAGGGCGUGCUGCUGAGCGGCUGGCGGGACGGCGCGUGCACCAGGUACGCAAGCAGCUGCCCCAAGUCCCAGAACUACUCCUACGUGGUGGAGAGCUGCCAGCCCACCUGCCGCUCCCUGAGCCAGGUCGACGUCACCUGCGACGUGGCCUUCGUGCCUGUGGACGGCUGCACCUGCCCCUCGGGCACCUUCCUGGACGACGCCGGUGCCUGCGUGCCUGCCAAGGACUGUCCCUGCUACUCCCGCGACUCCGUGGUGGCUCCUGGGGAGGUCCUGCAUGACAACGGUGUGGCGUGCUUGUGCGCCGACGGCAAGCUGAGCUGCCUGGGGUACGAGGAGCAGAGCACAGGGUGUGUGGCCCCCAUGGUGUUCCUGGACUGCCGCAACGCCUCUGCCGGCUCGCCCGGGGCCGAGUGUCUCCGCAGCUGUCACUCGCUGGACGUGGACUGCUUCAGCUCUCACUGCGUGUCUGGCUGCGUCUGCCCCCCGGGGCUGGUGUCGGACGGGAGUGGGGGCUGCGUGGCCCAGGAGGACUGCCCCUGCCUGCACAACGAGGUCGUCUACAAGCCUGGGGAGACCAUCCGCGUCGACUGCAACACCUGCACGUGCAGAAGCCGCAGGUGGGAGUGCACCCGCCAGCCCUGCCUGGGUACCUGCGUGGCCUACGGAGACGGCCACUUUAUCACCUUCGACGGCGAGCGCUACAGCUUCCAAGGCAGCUGCGAGUACUUGCUGGCCCAGGACUACUGUGGGGGCAAUGGCACGGCCAACGGGACCUUCCGCAUCAUCACCGAGAACGUCCCCUGUGGGACCACAGGUGUCACCUGCUCCAAGGCCAUCAAGCUGUUCCUGGAGAACUAUGAGCUGGUCCUCCACGAGGGCACCUACAAGGUGCUGCAGAGGGCGCCAGGUGGGCACCAGCCCUUCAAGAUCCGUUACAUGGGCCUCUACCUGGCCAUCGAGACCCGCAGCGGCAUGAUCCUGUCCUGGGACCGGAAGACAAGCGUGUUCAUCAGGCUGAACCAGGAUUACAAGGGGAGGGUCUGCGGGCUGUGCGGGAACUUUGAUGACAACGCCCUCAACGACCUCACCACGCGGAGCCAGUCCGUGGUGGGUGACGUGCUGGAGUUUGGCAACAGCUGGAAGUUCUCCCCGUCCUGCCCGGACGCCCAGGACCCCGAGGACCCCUGCACGGCCAACCCGCACCGCAAGUCCUGGGCCCAGAAGCAGUGCAGCAUCAUCAGCGGGGACGCCUUCAGCGCCUGCCGUUCUCAGGUCGACUCCACCAGGUACUAUGAGGCCUGUGUGAGCGACGCCUGCGCCUGUGACUCUGGGGGCGACUGUGAGUGCUUCUGCACGGCCGUGGCCGCCUACGCCCGGGCCUGCCACGAAGCGGGCGUGUGCGUGUCCUGGCGGACCCCGGACAUCUGCCCCUUGUUCUGUGACUACUACAACCCGCACGGGGAGUGUGAGUGGCACUACGAGCCUUGUGGGGCCCCCUGCCUGAGGACCUGCCGGAACCCCAGUGGGCAGUGCUCCAUGGACCUGCCGGGCCUGGAAGGCUGCUACCCGAAGUGCCCGCCCAGCAAGCCAUUCUUCAACGAGGACGAGAUGAAGUGCGUGGCCCAGUGCGCCUGCUACGACGAGCAUGGAAACCACUACGAUGUGGGCAUGAGGGUCCCCACUGCGGAGAACUGCCAGAGCUGUGUCUGCACCUUCCGAGGCCUCCAGUGCACACACAGCCUGGCGGACUGCAAGUGCACCUACCAGAACACGACCUACAACUACGGGGACGUCAUCUACAACAAGACGGACGCAGCGGGUUGCCACUUCUUAGCCAUUUGCAACCAGCGCUGUGACAUCGACCGCAUCCCAGGCACUUGCCCCACCUCCUCACUCCCAGAGACCUCAGCCUCUGCUCUCCCAUCCUCCUCGCCUCCUGGCUGCGAUCUGGCUGUCCCUCCCCGACAGGCGAACGAGUCCUGGAUCCUCGAGAACUGCACGGUGGCCUGGUGCCUGGGCAACAACCGCAUCGUUCUGCUGGGGCCAAAGCCCGUGGCCCCCAUCACCUGCGUGAAUGGGCACCUGCCGGUGGAAGUGCAGAGCCCGGAGGAGCCCUGUGACUACCACCACGAGUGCGAGUGCUCCUGCAGCGGCUGGGGGAACACCCACUAUGAGACCUUCGACGGCACCUCCUACUCGUUCCGGGACAAGUGCACCUACGUCCUGGUGCGGGAGAUCAGCCCACGCCACGGGAACCUCAGCAUCCAUCUGCACAACCGCUACUGCGGGGUUGCCGCCAGCUGCCCCCGCGCCCUCAGCGUCCACUACGCGUCCAUGGAGGUCAUCCUCACCACCGCCACAGGCGCCGACGGGCAGCAGGAAAGCCUGAUCCUGUUCGACCACACACGGGUGAGCCAGGGCUUCAGCAAGAACGGCGUGGCCGUGACCCAGUCGGGGGCCACCGAGAUGGGCAUUGCCAUUCCCACCAUUGGCGUGAGCGUCACCUUCAAUGGGCGGGUCUUCCAGGUCCGGCUGUCCUACAGCCGCUUCAGCCACAACACUGAGGGCCAGUGCGGUGAGCAGGGGCACACUGGACACCUGCUGGGCGAGCGAGGGGUGGGCACCACUGCUGCGGGGCACACGCCACUCCUCCCCGGGCGUCCUGGCCACCCCGGCCUUCCCGCCCCCAAGAGGCCCUCCCUCCCCCCGCCGCCUGCCCCCAGGCCACAGCUGCCACAGGAAACUUCCAUAACGGAGUGGCCGCCAGGGAGGAUGGGGGGACAAGGAGGGGAAAGCGGGCUCGUCUGCGCCCCGCCUCCUGCGCCCUGGCAGUGAGCCCCCU